GUCUGCACUGCCAGUGCAGAACUUGACCAGAACUUAACAGAUUCUGUUUGCAGGGUAGCAAAGGGACUCUUCAUCAAAGAAAGUUAUCAUCGAAAUAGCGAUUUCUGACUUAUAAUUCUUUUUGGAAGUACUGGAGACAUGCCCAGUCGUUUCAGACAUGUCCUUAAUCCAUCUUCAGUCCAUUUUAGGCAUUCAGUAGAAGAAGGAUAUAAGUAGAUGAGUACAGGAAAAGCAAAAGAUUAUGAUGCAUGAUUAUCACAGAAGAAAUUCAUGUCUAUAGCUCUUAAGGACUUGAUUACAUCAUCUUCAAGCCUGAUAGUUUUGGAAUCCAUAUUGCAGCUGCAAAGACACAUCUGCUUUUGCAUUUCAACAAACAUCUUCCCUGUCAGAAGAUACCGAAACUGAAGUGCUCUGUUUUAACACAGUGAUACCAUUGGAUUAUUUUAACAUCUCCCAGUUAAAAAUUUACAGUAAUAUAUUUGCUAGCCAGACCAACACCAAAAUGAUUCCUAAUGGAUACUUGAUGUUUGAAGAUGAAAACUUCAUCGAGUCAUCUGUUGCCAAAUUAAAUGCCUUACGUAAAAGUGGUCAGUUCUGUGAUGUCCGUCUCCAGGUAUGUGGACAUGAGAUGUUGGCGCACCGAGCUGUGCUAGCUUGCUGCAGUCCCUAUCUGUUUGAAAUCUUCAACAGUGAUAGUGAUUCUCAUGGAAUUUCCCAUGUUAAAUUUGAAGAUCUCAAUCCAGAAGCUGUUGAAGUUCUGUUGAAUUAUGCCUAUACUGCUCAGUUAAAAGCUGAUAAAGAACUGGUGAAAGAUGUAUACUCUGCAGCAAAGAAGUUGAAGAUGGAGAGAGUUAAGCAGGUUUGUGGUGACUACUUGCUCUCCAAGAUGGAUGUUCAGAGCUGCAUCUCUUACCGAAACUUUGCAAGUUGUAUGGGAGACUUACGUUUGUUGAACAAGAUCGAUGGCUACAUUCAGGAACAUCUCUUACAGAUUUCAGAACAGGAAGAAUUUCUCAAACUUCCACGGUUAAAGCUUGAAGUAAUGCUGGAAGACAAUGUUGGCCUACCCAGCAAUGGCAAAUUGUACACAAAGGUAAUCAACUGGGUACAGCGCAGCAUCUGGGAGAAUGGAGAUAGACUGGAAGAUCUAAUGGAAGAGGUUCAAACGCUGUACUACUCAGCUGAUCACAAGCUACUUGAUGGAAAUCUGCUAGAUGGACAGGCUGAGGUGUAUGGCAGUGAUGAUGACCACAUUCAGUUUGUGCAGAGGAAGCCACCACGUGAGAAUGAUCACAAGCAGAUUAUUAGCAGCUCCUCUGGAAGCCUUUCUCCAAAUGCUACCAUUCAGAGUCCUAAACACGAGUGGAAAAUCAUUGCUUCAGAGAAAACUUCAAGUAACACCUACCUGUGUCUUGCUGUUCUGGAUGGUGUGCUGUGCGUGAUAUUCCUGCAUGGCCGUAACAGCCCUCAGAGCUCUCCCACGAGCACGCCACGACUGGUGAAGAGUCUGAGUUUUGAGCUUCAACCAAAUGAUAUCAUAGAGAAGCCCAUGUCUCCAAUGCAGUAUGCUCGGUCUGGACUGGGCACAGCUGAGCUUAACGGCAAACUAAUUGCUGCAGGUGGAUAUAACAGAGAGGAGUGUUUGCGCACAGUGGAAUGCUAUGACCCGCAAAAGGACACUUGGACUUUCAUUGCACCGAUGAGAACACCAAGAGCUCGGUUCCAGAUGGCAGUUUUAAUGGGGCAGCUGUAUGUUGUGGGUGGGUCAAACGGUCACUCGGAUGACUUGAGCUGUGGAGAAAUGUAUGAGCCAGAAAUAGAUGACUGGACUCCUGUUCCAGAACUGAGAACCAAUCGCUGCAAUGCAGGAGUAUGUGCCCUAAAUGGAAAACUGUACAUUGUUGGUGGUUCAGAUCCUUAUGGCCAAAAGGGACUUAAGAACUGUGAUGUGUUUGAUCCUGUAACAAAAUCUUGGACAAGCUGUGCUCCCCUUAAUAUCCGGAGACAUCAGUCUGCAGUGUGUGAGCUGGCUGGGUAUUUAUACAUAAUUGGAGGAGCAGAAUCAUGGAACUGCCUGAACAGCGUGGAGCGUUACAAUCCAGAGAACAACACUUGGACCCUGAUUGCGCCCAUGAACGUGGCUCGACGAGGAGCCGGAGUGGCUGUUCAUGAUGGAAAACUCUUUGUUGGUGGCGGCUUUGAUGGCUCUCACGCGGUGAGCUGUGUGGAGAUGUAUGACCCUGCUAAGAACGAGUGGAAGAUGAUGGGAAGCAUGACUACUCCGAGGAGCAAUGCUGGCAUUACGACAGUAGCAAACACUAUUUACGCGGUUGGGGGAUUUGAUGGCAAUGAAUUCUUGAACACGGUUGAAGUCUACAAUCCAGAGUCAAACGAAUGGAGCCCCUACACAAAAAUUUACAAGUUUUAAGUGAAUUAAACUCCCUUUUCAAACUAACAGGCUUAGUGAUGUAAUUGUGUUUUAGUAGAGGUACACAUGUGAAUAGGGUUGGGGAGGGCAUAGAUGUUGCCAACAGCAACACAGAGCUUUUGCAUAUUGCAUAUUAAUGUGCUGUACAUAUUUGUUUUGGAAAGAAUAUCAAGAUGAAGGCUUUUUUGUGUAUUUUAGAACUUGUUUUAGGUUUGGGUUUUGU